AGCAGUGCAGGAAUCAAAACAAGAGACGGACACGCCUUCUUUCCUAUGGGUUAUACCCUAUGUAAUACUUGCAUGGUUCUACGUUAUAGGUAGCCGCUGUCAGAGCUGCAGAAAACCCGGCUGGCCACACAGGAGGCGAGUGAUAACAGCAAUACCUUCAUCAUCGUGACGAGAAAAGGCAGCAAAACAGCAGAGCCCGCCGCAGAAAUGGAAUCCACAGAAAUGUCAGACCUGGACACCAGUCGUCGAUAGAGAUUGCAAAUAUAAUUGACAUCUGGACCCACUAAAAUGCCCAACCAGAAGAGCAACAAGGGGAAGAAAAGCAAGCGCACCAACAGUAGCGGAGAUGAGCAGGAAAAUGGAGCCAGUGCGGCCGCAACAGGAGGCGCAGCCGCGGCGGCGCAACCGGGGGCGACUGCUGCACCCCGAAACGAGCGCACAAGUGAGGUCCCUUGUGCAACCCCUCUCGUGUGCAGUCUGGGUCGGGCCAUUGAUCUGGAGAAGGAUGACUAUCAACGGGUGCUCUGCAACAGUGAGCUCUGCCCCUAUGGGAACUGGAUGCACCUACAGUGUUUCUACGAGUGGGAGAGCUCCAUCCUUGUCCAGUUCAACUGUAUUGGCCGUGCACGAUCCUGGAACGAGAAGCAGUGCCGCCAGAAUAUGUGGACCAAGAAGGGCUAUGACCUGGCCUUCAGAUUCUGCUCCUGUCGCUGUGGUCAGGGCCACCUGAAGAAAGACACAGACUGGUACCAGGUCAAACGCAUGCAGGACGAGCGCAAGAAGAAGCCCUCGGAGAGGAGUGUGGGCAGGACAGGGGCCAGCGGGGGAGGGUUGGGGUCUGGGGAUGGGGUUUCUGAUGAGCCCAAGAAAGGGAAGGUACCUGGAGGGGGAGGAGGAGGUAAACUAGCCCACAGGGCCUCAAGUCAGGAGUUACCUCGCAGGCAAUCAGUGGACCGUCAGAACUCUACAGAAAGAGGAGGACCAGGAGGAGGAGGACACACUACAGGAGGACCGUUCACUCUGGGACCUCCACAGAAGUCUCCAUGUGAUUCCCCGGGGCAUUCCCCUCCUGCUGGUUUCUCCUUCUUCUCUCCCUCUUCUGCCUUCGCAUCUGGAGGUGGGGGUGGAAGUUUGCGGGGAUCCCGUCACCUUGGAGAGUUCCUCAAGUCAGCCGUCCACAUGGAGACUCACAGGAAACAUCUCCUAGCUGGGGGAGCCCUCAGUCGGGGUUGCUCGAUGGGAGCCUCCGGCGUAGUCACCGGCGGGUCUGGCAGUUCCCAACUUGACCCCAGCUCUGUUCUGCCCCUCCCGCUGUCCUUCGCCCUACCGCUUCCCCACCGCCUCACCUCGAGUGGCGUGGGUGAUGGCACCCACCCUCAUCCAGUGCAGUUCCUAAGGAGGCUGGACCUCUCGGAACUCCUCACCCACAUCCCUCGCCAUAAACUCAACACGUACCACGUCCGCAUGGAGGACGACGCUCAGGCAGGCCAGGGAGAGGAGCUGCGCAGGUUUAUCCUGUCAGCCCUCAGCGCUAGCCAGCGUAAUGUGGUCAACUGUGCCCUGUGUCACCGGGCAUUGCCAGUGUUUGAACAGUUUCCCUUGGUGGAUGGGACGCUCUUCCUCAGUCCUUCGCGCCACGAUGAGAUCGAGUACGACGUCCCCUGCCACCUUCAAGGCAGGCUGAUGCACCUCUACGCCAUCUGUGUGGACUGUCUCGAAGGUGUCCACAAGAUUGUCUGCAUCAAGUGCAAGUCACGCUGGGACGGCAGCUGGCACCAGCUGGGCACCAUGUACACUUACGACAUACUGGCUGCGUCACCGUGUUGCCAGGCUCGUCUAAACUGUAAGCACUGCGGGAAGCCGGUGGUGGACGUUCGAGUGGGGAUGCAGUACUUCUCCGAGUACAGCAACGUCCAGCAGUGCCCACACUGCGGCAACCUGGACUACCACUUCGUCAAACCUUUCUCCUCCUACAAAGUACUCGAGGCUUAUUGACAAAUGUUGUGCAUGCAGUGCUAGUUGCUAGUUGAGCUGCUUUUGUUCUAAUUUUUUCUAACAUAAUCUAGGAAAGAUUUUUUUUCUUAUUUUUCGGGCCUUACAGUGGUUUUAUGUUUGUUUUUUUUAAGUUCUAUCUUUAUUGGAUUAUUUUAUAUGUAUAGAAAGAGUAUGACUCUAGUUUUAAAAGUUCCAAGACAGUAUUUGCUCUGUCUGAGAAGGGUGUUGUUAGACUCUAAAAGGUGUGGAACUGGCACUUAAGUCAAGCAAACACAUUUAUCUGUGACAAGUGAAUGUAACUGUAUGCCAAAUUUGCUUUUAUUUGAUUUUAUUUUUUACCAAAAACAUGAAAAUGAAUCUCAAAUAAAGAAGAGAAAGAUA